AUGGCCAGCUUCAUCAUCGGGACCGGCUCCGGAGUACUCGCCGCGGCGGCGGUGUACUACACCAUGUCUGCGCAUCUCGCUCAGGACACCUCUGCGCUGGAAGCCGAACUGGACCGCACAACUUUCCUCAUGAAUUCCUCCCUCGACCCACAAACCCCAAGAGCACCGGUCUCGCAGAUCGGUCCCUCGCGCGACCCUUACCAACCCCGCUUCUCGGACCUCCUCCGGACCAAGUGGAACCAGGCUGUCGAGCGGGGCGUGGACUCUGUCCGCUCCACCGACUGGACCAGUGUCGGCGCGGGUAUCGCGGAAGGCGGGCGGGGCGUCGUGCGCAAGAUCAGCGGAGAAGUGAAGGAUGCCAAGCCGGCAAUGGAGCGGGCAGAGCGUCAAGCCGAGGGUGGGGGCAGGCGGAUACUGCGGGACCUGCAGCGCGAGGCGGGGGACGUGGCGCAUGAGACCGAGGAGGUUUCGGAGAACAUCUUUGAACGGGUCAAGUCGGCGGUCAACACUGCGAGGGAAACAACGGCGGCAGCUGCGCAGGAUGCUACCCGGACGAUGGGGCGGGCUAUGACGGAGAUCAAGGAGGACUCGGUCGACCUGGCUCAUCUCGCCAAGGACAAGGUGGAGGAGAGGGCGCAAGAGGCAAAGAGGGUGGCGGAGGUGCAAAAGAAGCAGAGGGAGGAGUAUCACGAGGGUAUAUUGGCGGGCUCGAGCGGGGUAGGGGUUGUCAGCGCCGCGGCGGAGGAUCUGAGCAAGGAGAGCUUUACAGGCGGAGCGGCGAUGAAGGUCAGGGCAAAGAGGCAGGCAGAAGGUACACUGGCGAGCAGGCUGGUCUAG